AGAUGGACGAACAGAACCAAAAAAAAAAAAUCUCUUUGGUAGUUGGGACUUACGACAAGUCCGAGUCCGACAUGUGCGCGUUUUACAAAACAUAAACAUUAAAAUACUUUAAAAUGAAAGAAUCUACGACGAACAAACCUCAAAGAGAAGUGACUGCGUCUCUAUUAGACUAUUUUGGUCACCUUACAUCUAAAACGAAUGAAGUGAAAUUAAAAGGCGCUACAGACAUCAUUAGACAGUUAGAACGAAAUAAGAAUGAAAAGGAUGUAUCAUAUUCAUUAAGAAGGUUAGUUCGGAGUCUUGGUGCAAAUAUUGCUGAAUUGAGGACUGGAUAUUUUGCGACUCUAGUAAAUUUACUGCAGAGAUUUGACGACAUAACUGUAUCCCAAUUGCUUGAUCUGGUGAAAAAAGAACUUCAUGCUAAUGGGUCCUCCAAAAGUGAGGUUGGAGAUGUGUCCUUAGGGCAUAUAUUAGUGUGUGGGGCAGUAUUUCGGUCUGGAUUAAUGCUAAAAUCUUCUGAAGAUGAACAAAAGCAAAUACUUGAGGUACUGGAAAAAGCUGGGGCAAAGAAAUCCUAUUUGAAUACUGUUGCUUCGCUCACAUUACUUGAUUUCAUUGAGAAUUUGGAUGAGGAGAAAUUUAAACAAAUAAUUUGGAAAAAUGUUAAACCAAGAUUCAAGAAACCAAUCAAUGAAUAUAAUAUGAGUUCUCUACACUUUCUUCUUGUAGUAAGUAGGAAGUUCCCAAAAGCAGUUAAAAUUACAAAGCUUCUUGGUGUGCCAACAAUUAUACAUGAAGAUCAUAUAAAAGAAAUUUGUGACAUUCUUUUGAGUGGAGUAGACUUUGGUUCCGUUAGUCACCCAAUUUAUGAAGAAAUUGGAAAACAAGUUGCAAAAGGGCCUCUUAUGGUAGAGUUUUGGUUAAAAGUUGACAGUUAUCUUGUUAAACAUAACAGGAAUAGAGAACUUGUUGCAUUAAAUAUUCUUAAUACAAUUUUUUUGAAUGUUGAUAGCAAAAAUUAUGAAUUAAUACCAGACCUAAUAAGUAACAAUUUCUUUAAACUUUUCUUGGAUUGGUUUAAAGGACUUCAGACUGCUAGCAAGAUCCGUAGUAAAAGAGAAGAUGAAGAUGAUCAUAAACUUAUGAUAAAGACAGAAAAAGAUUUCCUAAACACUGUUGCAAAAGCUCUUAAAUCUGAAUCUAUCACGAGCAGUAUAAGAGUAAAUAUUUUAAAGAAGUUGUUAAUAAACCCUGGUGAAAUCAAUUUGGCAGAAAUAACAGGAUCAUCAAUUAUUAAAUCAAUUAUAGCUGAUUUAGAUAUUAGUGGUGUUAAAGAAAUGGCAAAAUUGUUUAAAAAAGUUCUACUGAACAGUUCAAAAAAAGUGGUUAAGGAUGAUGUGGAAAGGAACUGGUAUAACAAUGAGAAAAUUAAAGCAGCGGAGUUGAUUUCUCAUUUAGUAAGCCAUGAGACUGUCAGAGAUGAUACAUCAUUUAAAAUUAAGUAUAUGCAAAUAUUGAUGUGUUUCGGGUUCUUUAAGAUAAGUGGAGAAGAUAACAUCCCAGUGAGCAGUGAAAUGUCAGGGUCCAUUAAAACAUCAUUUUAUAGAUGUUUUUCAUCAAAAUUCACAAAUGUUGAUGGACUUGUCACACUCUUAUCUUCCUUAUGUAAUUUCAUAUCAGUGAAAGUAAUGGAAAAGAGUGAGAUUCGUGAAAAACUGGAAAAGCAAUUUUCCAAAGAAAAUAUUGAAUGCUGGGAUAUACUUAUAAAAAUGUGUGAUAAAAUAGAAAAACAUGAUUCAAAAUCCAAAGUUGAUAAGGUAUUUCUUAUUUUAUUAUAUCAGCUAGGAUUGUUCCUGUAUUCUGAACCAACACAUGUUAAAAUUGCACAAAGUUCAAUACUAGAAUUAAAGAGUUGCUUUGAACAUUAUAAAAAAAGUGAUGGAAAACAAUUUAAAGGUGAUUCAUCAAUGGAUGAUGAACCAGAGUGGAUUGAGGUAAUGAUAGAAAUAUUACUAUCUAUUUUAUCUAUUGAGUCAAGUGUGCUAAGAUCUAUUGUUCAAUGUGUAUUUCGUCUUUUAUGGGAGUAUCUGACUCCAACAUCUAUUGGCCAAAUUAUAUCAGUGUUAGACCCAGAAAGUGAAGAUAAUCCACUAACAAAUGACAGUGAGUCGGAAAAAGAAAGUGAUGACCAAAGUGACGAUGACUCAGUACAAGACAGUGUUAAAGAAAAUGGACUUGACAAAAAUAGUGAUACAGAUGAAAGUGAAGGAAGUGAUGACGAAAAAGAUGAUGAUGACAUGAAAACACCUGACCAGUUAAGAAUGGCAGUACAAAAGGUUUUAGGAGCUGCAACACUUGAUGAUGAUGCUGAAAGUAUAGAUGCUGACAAUAUUACUGAAGAAGAGGGGAAUAAACUUGAUGAAGCCUUAGCUGAAGCUUUCCGCCAAUUUCAUCAAGGGAAAAAUGGCAAAUCCAAAAAGGACCGUAAAAACAAGAAAUCCUUAUCUGAUUUUAGGAUAAGGGUUUUAGAUUUGAUUGACAUUUAUUUAGAAAAAGAACCAUCAAUGGAUAUAUGUGUUGGUAUGAUAGCACCACUAACAAGAUGUCUAGAGUUUUGUAUGCUAGACAACCAAUUCAAUGAGCUAGAGAACCGAUUGAGAAAAACUAUAAAAACAUUAGCUAAAGUAAAAAAAUUCACAUCAACAGAUGAUAUUACUGUUGAUAUUCUUUGUGACCAUUUAAAGGCAAUUAUAGAUAAGGGUACACGAUCACACUUUAUGUAUCAAGCCCUUGGCGAUGUUAUUACCAGCUUUGCAACAUUUAUUAUUCAUUGCUCACAAAAAAUAUUAGGCCAUGUAAAGUCUAAAAAACAACAGCUCUCGCCAUUAGUUAUAAUAUUGCAAGAAACCAUGACAAGUUUCUUUUUGAAUCGGAACUGUUUAUUACCAAUAAUAUUCUUCCAUAGUAUACUACAAAUGGAGUGGAAAGACAGAUGUGAACUAGUUCCAAUAAUAAUAACUAAUAUUUUUAGUAAUGAUGUGAGACAAUUUAGACGGCAUGAAGGUGUUGAGCUGUUAAUUGGAUUCUAUAGAGGUUUAAAUAGAAAUAAAACCGCAACUAGUACAAUUGAAGAGAAAAUAUUGUCCAUAGAGAGACAUUUUGAAACUGCGCUGUUAGCAGUAAAAAGUAAUCUGGAAUUCAAAGUUAAAAAGAACUUUGUUAAAUUAGUGAAAAAACUAAUUAAUAUUAUCAGAUCUGUACAUGAAAACUGUCAAAUACAAACAGAAUUAGACUUCAGUAAUCUAUUAAAUCUUGUAAGUGAGCUCAAAUUUAACUUAGACAAAAGUGCUCCUGCAAUCCAGAAUCCAGUCAAUGGAAAAAAGAAAAAGAAUAAAAAGAAACGUAAAAAUUCCAUUCAAGCAAAUGGUGAUGAGCCAAAACUGAAAAAAAUAAAAAGUCAAUAAAUCAAUUAUACAAUACUGCUUUUUUGAAUAUUAUUUUAGUAUUUGAAUAUUUUACGAAAUUUCUAUUUUAAUUAAUAUUAUAAUAUGUUCACUCAAUAAUAAUAUUAGUAAAACUUUGUGUAGGUAGGUGUACACCAAUUUAUAAACUUGUCAGUAUAAUAUAACUUUCAGAACUUUAAAUUAUUUUGGAUAGUUGAUGAACAAAAAAGUUUAACUCUAAAUUCCCUUCAGCUUGAACUAAAUUUACAAGCAUAUUGUUGCUAUUUGGGUAAUUUAGUAUUCCAUAAAAAUAAAUAAAAUUCAAAAUAGCAUUUAAGGUAUAUGAGACAUUUUAUUUUACAUGGGAUCAACAGACAUUAUCCAUAAUUUUAAUAUCAAAAUCUGUAUACAAUGUUGGAUAAACACAUUUAUAAAACAAGCCAAUUGAGCAAAGAAUGUAAAAUGACGUCGCGCUUUUCGUUAUUAAUACCCUAUUACUAUCAAUACUCAACACACGGUAGUUCUGUGCACGUACAAAAAAUGUAGUAGACUAUUAAUGCAUUACAGGUCAAUCGUAGAGCGGAUUUGUUGGUGAUAGCUAAUUUACUUUUUUUUGCGUGAGUACGCAUAUGUGAACACCACCAUUUUAGAUUCUUAACUCUAUUAGCUUGUAUUAAUCAUUGUUAUUAAUUUUAUGUGAACAAUUUGAUCUGGCUGAUCAAGAUAUUGUAAAAGUCAAUGCAUUUAAAAUUAUAAACUUUCAAAAUCAAA